AUGCUGUAUGGCAUUACUGUGGCUGUAUAUAUCAAAAUUAGUGCCAUCACCAAGUCUCAGAAUGUUCGAAAUUUAUGGUCUGGGUGGAUAAUUCCCCAAGGAACUGGCUCCCGAAUUUUUUCAAGGCCUUCAUUAAAAGCUUCGACAACUCUUAGAGAGCUCCUUGAGCGACGAACUUCAUUAAAUUCGUUGACUGUGAUAAAAUUUUGGUUGACUGUUUUGAUAUUCUUUUUGAGCAAAAUCAAAGCAAGAAGUCUUGAGCGGGCUCUUUUCCAAACAUCUUGAUAUUUCGAUCUAAAGCCAAAUGAAGAAUCGUUGAACGUGCUUUGCUCUAUUUUGGAGUUAUCUGGUUUGAUUUUAUUUUUUCAAGGUUUGUUGGAAUCUUCCAAUGGAGAUGGAGUUAUAUGUGUAAGCCUUCUAUUGGCCAGGAGAGAUCUUUUUGGUUUUUCUUGGAAAUGAAUUCCUAAUAAAUUAGAAUUUGACGAGAGAAUUUUAAUAAUGGUUGCAAAAAUUGAGUUUUAUUAUAAAUCAGCUUGUAAGAUUAUUAAAGCUAACCAGUAA